UCUGUAGUUACAUCAAUAACAAAUAGAACGAAAAGAAAACUAUCUUAGUAAUGAAAGCUUUAUAAUUCCGUAUUUAUAACAUAUACUAAUUUCAGUGCAAUGACAAGCCUAAGUGAGACUAAAAAGGGUCCUAUUUACGACCCAGGUUUCUGUAGAUGCUGUGGCGAAAUCAAGAAAUGUCGACUAUUAAAUGUGGAAUAUGAUCACAAGGGCCAAAAAGAGAUUUAUUCCGAUUUAUUUCUGGAUUGUUUUGGUCUUUUAUUGUCUCAACUGGAUGGUGAUCCCAAAGAACGUUUGAUUUGUGCGAUGUGUGUAUCACGGUUGCGGGAAGCUAAUAGUUUUCGGAUACAGGUACUUAAGUGUGAAGAGAGGCUACUUACAUUGAGGCUGAAUGAUUGUCAUGAUCUAAAACUUGAUAUAAAAGAGGAAGUAAAUGAAAUAACCCCGGAUGAUGAUGCAGUUAUAGAUGAUAGCUGUGAUAUAGAACCAGAAGUUCCUGUAAAGAAGAAAAAAAGUCUCAAAAAGAAAAGACAUAAAGACAAUAAAGAAGAUGUUUCAAAAGACAUAGACAUACAAACAAUGGACGAGUUACAAUAUGCUGAUCCGCCACUAGAGAAGGAAACAAAAUCACAAGACUAUGACAAAUUAAUAGACAAUAUAGUUACCAUUGUUGAAAAUUCAUAUGUCUGUCCAUUUGAUACAUCUUUCAGUGACUACUUUUGUAUGUAUUGCAGAAUAGUUUUUACAAAUCCAAAUAAACUACGCGAACACACAUUGACACACAAUCCAAAGACAUUCAAAGAAAUUGUAACAAACUAUUCUAUGAAUAAAAAGAUUCAAAUUGAUAUUGAUAGAAUUGACUGUCGUCUGUGCCCUCAAGUGAUUAGUGACAUUGACGUUUUCAAAAGCCAUGUCACGUCACACGGAAUGCAAAUACACAAUAUAGAAGAUGAUUUCCUGAAGUUCAAAUUGAAAUUAGACAAUUUGUGCUGUCUCGAAUGCGGCAAGACAUUUGGUUUUUUUCACGCGUUGAAAAAGCAUAUGGCGGAACAUUUCGGCACAUGCAUUUGUGAUGUAUGCGGCGCGCAUUAUUUUGAGGAGAGAAUGUUAAUUUUACACCAAAAAACACAUCAACGUAUAGAUGAAGUUUUCAAUUGUAAAGAGUGCGGGAAGAAUUUUAAAUCUAAAUAUACAAGAUAUAUACACAUAGCACGCACUCAUAAGAAGGAGUCUGCGUACCAGUGUCGCAAAUGUGAUGAAGUGUUUUUCUCAUAUACACUAAGAUAUCGGCAUAUGAUCGAUUAUCAUGGUGAAGAGCGUUUAUUUAAGUGCGAUCAAUGUGACAGGUCUUAUGACAGCAGAAAAUCCCUAAGGGAGCAUAUCAGACGGACGCAUUUAAAAAUAUUAAGACACGCCUGUAUGAUGUGCGACAAACUGUUCUAUUUACCGUCAAGGUUAAAAGAACACGUCAUGACAAGCCAUACUGGAGAGCGGAAUUUCCGGUGUGAAUUUUGUGGGAAAAGUUAUCCUAGGUUAAGGGGUCUGAAAGUUCAUGUGCAAAGUGCGCACGGUACAGAGAAAAAACAUAAAUGUAUGCUGUGCAAUGCUGCGUUUACGAAGAGUUUUUAUUUAAAAAGUCAUGUUAAGCGGCAACACGGCGGUGUGGAUGGUGACAGCGAGGCAUUUUUGACACCUGUCAGUUAAUGUCACUCGAUUUUCAUUAAGUACCUUAUAAUAUUAUAAGCAAUAAGUCGUAGUUUAUUCUUGAAGAAUAUAUAGUAUACAAAUAAAAUUUGUUUCUUUGUAUAUAAGAGUUUAUAUCUUACUGUACUUUGAAUUUCGAUCUAAUUGAAGUGUACAACUAAAACAACCAGUAUGUUCACAAAUUUUACAUACACUAAAUAAAAGCGGGAGAACGCAGAGCAACAGCAGAGGUUGUGAACGUCGUGUACAAGCACAUCAAAAAUCAAAUUGCGACGCUUUAUACAUCAAAUAAUUUAUCAAGGCAUAAUUGACUGAAUAAUUAUUUUUUUCAUUAUGCGAAUGUUGCUUCGUUUAUAAUUAGAAUUCUAUGAUUUUUUUUGUUAUGACAUAUAUGUUAAUGAUGUUGUCUAGUUUUAUUGCUGUUGAGUUAUGUAGCGUAUAUUAUUGUCUGUUUAGCCGUUCUAUUGCGGUGUGUUUAAAGUUAGAGCAAGGCAGACUAUUUGUUGACUACGACAUCUGACAUCAACACAAUUUUUAUGUGCUGUCCUGACGGGUGUCAAGUGUCAACUGUCAGUUAACAAGUAACAACUUUCAGGUUCAUAAUUACUUUCAUACAGUGUUGCAAAAGUUCCCAAUUUUUCGGGAGAUCUACUGAUUUCGGCUCUUCCCUCCCGAUAUACCGAUUUCACGACCAAAUCUCCCGAAUUUCAGUUUUGCUUUUUGUUGUUUGUUAGUUUUGCUGGAAUUUUGGAGCAAUAUCAAGCCUUGAAAUUAAUUUUCAUUAA